AUGCCUCUUUUCGGGGAUACGUACGCGGAGAAUAUGCAGCGAGAUUCCACCGAAGCGCAAAGGCUCGACGAGCAAUUCGAUCUCCUCACCGAAAACAUCGGCUACCUGCUGCACCCGUCCGUUCGAGACAUAAUGCAUCCCCACGCGCGAGUUGCUGACAUCGCCACCGGCACUGCAGCCUUCCUGCGCGACCUCGCCCAGGACUGGCCCGAUGCAAUCUUACACGGCUAUGACAUAUCAACUUCGCUCUAUCCACCCGCUAGAACCCUCCCCAAAAACGUGACUACACACCUUCUUGACGCCCGCAAGGAUGUUCCAGUCAGCCUCUAUGGACAAUAUGAUAUCGUUCACGUUCGACUCAUUGCCGCUGGCUUGACUGCUUCCGAAUGGGGGAGAGUUGUUCGCAAUCUUGCUAAGCUUCUGAAGCCUGGCGGUGCUAUGCAGUGGGAAGAGUGCAACUUUACCGAUGUUCGCCAUCUCCCCGGUAGACCUGAUUCUACGACAGAUGCUGCAAGUACCAUAGGAUUGAUGUUCCUCACGGCUAUGAAGCCUAGCUUCGAAUAUGGGUGGAACCGAUUGGCAACCGACAUGCGCGCCGCUGGUUUUGUAGAUGUCCAUACUGAGGCUGUUUCGGCGGGUCGGGUGUAUGAUACGCGCCCACGCUUGACUGUUAAUGGAAUGAGGGCGAUGUUCGCGUGGGCGCGCCUUCAUUCUGCUAGAGGGUCGCAGGGGGCGUUGACCAUUCGGCAGAUUGAAGAUCUAGAGCAGAAAGCUUAUGCGGACGUUCAAUCUGGUUGUUAUGUUACAUUUGACAUCCACGUUGCCUGGGGAUUUCGGCCCAAGGAGGAAGAGUGA